CUGCCGCCCCUCUCCUUUCGCAAAUCGCGAUCUCCAGUCAUCCCUACCAGAACCAGAGUCCAGUCUCCAGUCCGGCACGGCGAACUCUCCUACGCGGCCGCCGCGCCUACGACUCCACUCCCGAUUCCGUCCCGGCGAACUCUCCUUUCUCCUCUGCUACGCGGCCGCGCCUCCGACUCCUCUCCCGAUUUCAGACUUCAGUCACGACGCCCUCUCCCUGCUCCUCGGCGCGCGCCUCCAACUCCACUCCCGCCGCCCUCCCCCGCCGGCCUCCCCCGCCGGCCUCUCCUUGGUCUUCUGCUCCGCGAGAGCACUUCUGCAAAGGUAAUGAAGCCAGUGUGAAAUGGAGGACACUGACUGAAGAACAUGCAAGAGACAGCUUUGAAAACCUUCUCUUCAGUGUAUGCCGGUUCAGAGAGCUUACUGGAACUUAUCCUCAAAAUAUAACGGGUAUUCGGUCUCCUCUUGGCAGACGCGUCAUUUUGUCAUCUCAAGAACAUGUAGUUGGGUCAACCUCUAAAGGUAACCUUGACUUCACAGUGAGAUCAGUUUCAGCUGCUAAUUGUAGACAAGGCUUUACUAGUGGCUCUCUUUUACCUGGCGCUUCUCAUGGCAAUGUUCUGACUAAAGAAUCCUUCAUCCGGUACUUUCAUAACACUCCGGUCCUAUAUAGCAGAAAAGCAGUUGAUGAGGCCUUGGGUUUAAAGACAGAAAGGAAAGGGAAGUUUAAGAGAAGGGACAAGGCACAGAUGAAACCUCCUGUUGAAGCUAAAUACGUGCCCCCUAAACUAACACAAUAUAUGAAGUCCUCUCAAGCUAAAAUGGUCGACAUAUUUGAAGGCAUGACCAUCGUUGAACUUGCCAAGCGUACUGGUGAGUCAAUCAGCACCUUACAGGAUGUUCUUCUUAAUGUUGGGGAAAAGCCCGGGUCAGAGUUUGAUCCUCUCAGCAUUGAUGUUGCGGAGCUCAUUGCUAUGGAGGUUGGGGUUAAUGUCAAGAGGCAACAUUCAUCCGAAGGCUCACAAAUCCUUCCACGACCUCCAGUUGUUACAGUCAUGGGUCAUGUUGACCACGGAAAGACAUCUCUCCUGGAUGCCCUGCGCCAAACAGCUGUGGCUGCCACUGAAGCUGGUGGAAUAACUCAGCACCUUGGUGCUUUCGUGGUAGGGAUGACUUCUGGGGCAUCAAUCACAUUUCUCGACACGCCAGGCCAUGCUGCAUUCAGUGCGAUGCGAGCAAGAGGUGCAGCAGUCACCGACAUUGUUGUUCUUGUAGUUGCUGCUGAUGAUGGGGUGAUGCCUCAAACAUUGGAAGCUGUGUCCCAUGCAAAAUUAGCCAAUGUGCCAAUUGUGGUUGCUAUCAACAAAUGUGACAAGCCAGCUGCGGACCCAGAGAGAGUCAAAGUCCAGUUGGCAUCAGAGGGUUUGCAGCUAGAGGAAAUGGGCGGUGAUGUCCAGGUAGUUGAAGUCUCCGCUGUUAAGAAAACUGGGUUGGAUGACUUGGAGGAAUGCUUGCUUCUUCAAGCAGAGUUGAUGAACCUGAAAGCUCGUGUCGAUGGUCCAGCUCAAGCUUAUGUUGUGGAGGCAAAACUCGACAAAGGUCGUGGACCACUGGCCACAGCAAUAGUGAAGGCAGGAACCUUGGUCUCUGGGCAGCACAUUGUGGUGGGGUCAGAGUGGGGGAGAAUAAGAGCUAUAAGGGAUAUGGUAGGGAAGUUGGCACAGCAGGCGACACCUGCAAUGCCAGUUGUGCUUGAAGGGCUGAAGGGGCUUCCUAUGGCUGGAGACGAUAUCGUUGUUGUGGAGUCCGAGGAGAGAGCUAGAAUGCUGAGUGCUGGUAGGAAAAAGAAGUUCGAGAAAGAUCGGCUGAGACAGAUUAUGGAGGACAGGCCUGUGGUUGAGGAACCAUCAGAAGAAGACGGGCCUGUAGCUGUAAGGGUUGAGAUGCCGAUUGUAGUGAAAGCAGAUGUUCAAGGAACUGUCCAGGCUGUCACUGAUGCUUUGAAGACUUUGAACAGUCCUCAGGUUUUCGUGAAUGUAGUCCAUGUAGGCGUAGGUCCAAUCAGUCAGUCGGAUAUCGAUCUAGCUCAGGCAUGCGGUGCGUGCAUAAUUGGAUUCAAUGUCAAAACUCCACCUGGUUCAGUCAGUCUUGCAGCAACUAAAUCCGGCAUAAAGAUAAUGCUGCAUCGAGUUAUCUACCGCCUUUUAGAGGACGUGGGCAACAUGAUAGUAGAGAAAGCUCCCGGGACUUCUGAGACUCAUGUAGCCGGAGAGGCCGAAGUCCUUAGCAUCUUCGAACUGAAGGGGAGGAGCAAAGCCGCAGGAGGAGACAUGAAGAUUGCGGGCUGCAAGGUGAUAGAUGGCCGAGUCAGCAGAGCAUCAACGAUGAGGCUCCUUAGGAGCGGUGAAGUCGUGUUCGAAGGAUGCUGCUCGUCCCUCAAACGAGAGACACAGGACGUGGAUGCAGUCGGUAAAGGGAGCGAGUGCGGAAUGAUGCUCCGUGAUUGCCAAGAUUACCGUGUUGGAGAUGUGAUCCAGUGCUUGGAGCAAGUCGUUCGGAAGCCCAAGUUCGUUUCUUCACAGAGUGGCGCUGUUCGGAUUGAAUGCUGACACACACCCUCGAGCAUAUGGGGGUUGCUUACUAUUAUUCUUCCUCCUAGUUUGCAGCCUGCAAAGAAGUUUUGAUGGAGAAGUGCUUGAGAAUUAAUCAACACACCAUAUUAUUUUUUUGUUGUUGUACAUUGCGAGAAGGGAACUUCAUUUCAUCUAGUACUAGAAUCAAUACCCACGACUACGUCGCGGGAACUAAAGUUACAAUUGCAUGAUCAUAUGAUCAUAUGGUGGCCAAUUGAGGACACAUCAAUUUGGUGAUAGUUGUUCUAUUAGCAACGGUGUGGGUUUAAAAUUGUUGAAAGUGUGUGCAGGAGACUUUUGUCUAUUGAGUUCCAUAGUUAAUCAUUAUAUGAAUAUAACCCAUGACACAAUUGCAUGC